UCCAGGUUGGAGUCGCCUCUGGUUUCAGGCUUCAGCUCAACCAGCGUCUUCUCCGUCUCCAGUAGAAACUCCAGAAAACCCUCAGCAUGGCAAAGAGGACAACAUUGGGACAGGAGGCAGCCCAGCUGGACUUCCUGCAGUUUAAUGAUCUGGCCUGUGAGAUGGUGGGAGGGAAGGUUAUCUUUGCUACAGACGAAUGGUUCGCUCCUGCUAAAAACCUGCUGAAGAGAGAGACACCACAGUUCAUCUCCACUGCCUUCACUGAGUUUGGAAAAUGGAUGGACGGAUGGGAGACAAGGAGGAAGAGAAUCCCUGGUCAUGACUGGUGUAUCAUCCAGCUUGGGGUACCGGGGCGGAUCUAUGGCUUCGAUGUCGACACAUCCUUCUUCACAGGAAACCACUCGCCUUAUGUCUCCAUCCAGGCUGGCUGUCUGGACCACCAUCCCAGCUUCACACAGGAAGGAGACCGGACUGGCAUGGCCGCCUCCGACAGUCAGAUGGCUGCUGUCACCAAGCUGGGCUCGGAGGCGUGGCCAGAGCUGGUGGGCGUGUCAGUGCUGCAGCCUGGAUUCUCAGACAGAUGUCAUAACUACUUCAAGGUCGACUUCAACAGGCGAGUAACUCACCUGCGCCUCAACAUGUAUCCAGACGGGGGCAUAGCCAGACUCAGAGUGUACGGGGUUGGACAGAGGGAUUGGUCAUCUGUCCACACCAAUCAGAGUGUCGAUCUGGUGGCUAUGACCAAUGGGGGAGUGUGUCUGGGCUACAGCGACGCCCACUUUGGACACCCACGCAACAUGAUUGGUGUUGGUCGAGCUGCCAAUAUGGCCGACGGCUGGGAGACAGCUCGUAGACUGGACAGGCCCAGAAAACUGGAGGUGGACCAACGGGGCAUCUUGCAGGUCCCAGGCUGUGAGUGGGCCGUGUUCCGUCUUGGGUGUCCAGGAAUGAUCUGUAACAUUGAAGUGGACACCAACCACUUCAAAGGUAACUUCCCAGACUCCUGCAGGAUGGAGGCGUGUACGUUGAGCCCUGAGGAGGAGGCCCACUGCAUCAGAACCACGUGGAACUGUAGCAAAUGGGAGGUACUCCUCCCCCCCAAGAAGCUACGUCCUCAUCACCAGCAUUACUACGGUGAAGAGGAACUAAAGCUGAGUUGUCCUGUCAGCCACAUCCGUCUCAUCAUCGCCCCUGAUGGGGGGGUCAGUCGCCUCCGUCUCUGGGGACGUCCUUCACCGGCCAAUCAGAAGAGGCCAUCAUCCAAACUCUGAAGUUCUGGAUUCAUGUGAUAAUGCCUUCACAAGCUCAUUGGGUUCUUUCCUUUUGUAUCUGUUGUUACUAAUAGACAAUACUUUGGAGCUACUGUUCAUGUUCUGACCAAUAAAAUGAACAAGUUGA